UAGACAUUUCAGGGGUAAUGAGGUUGGCAUGGCUGUACCCGACUCUAUUUGCACUGCCAAAGCUGUAGGUGUCAGUGAGGAUUCUAAUAUAUAUGAACCUCACAUUGUUGCCAGCACUGUUACCCAUAUGCUUGGACAUAAUUUAGGCAUGAGUCAUGAUCAAGGAGAUGGAGCAGCUGAUUGUCAUUGUAGAGAUUGGUGGGGAUGUAUUAUGGCUCAAAAUAUACUAUUAAAAAUAAACAAGACGGAUGGACAGCCCUGUAUAGUAAAGUAAGUGAUGAUAGUACAAAUUUCCGACUUUUUUUCUCUAUUUUGUACUUUACUGUUACUACAGUAUAGUACUUAGUUUUCAUUAUUUUUGAAAUUUCACUAUUUUUUUUUAUUGGGAGGGUUAUUAUUUUUAUUAUUAACUAAUUUUAGUUUUGUUUUUUAACAGUAAGUGAAUGUAAUAUAGAGAGCAAGAGAUGAAGUUUUGUUUUG